AUGCUCAGUUUUCGUGUCGUCUCCUCUGAUAAGUUUUUGAAAGUUAUCCUUUUACCUACUUUUAAAUCUAUCUAUCUAUCUAUCUAUCUAUCUAUCUAUCUAUCUAUCUAUCUAUCUAUCUAUAUAUAUAUAUAUAAUUCUUCUUCUUUAAUAUUCCUACCCCUUUCCUUUUUUUUCUCUUUCUUUCUUCUUUUAUUUCUAAUUCUUGCUUUCAUUCUGGCGUUCAUUUUUCUUUCAUUGUUUCUUUCAAUUUCAAUUUUUGUUCUUUCAUUAAGACGUGUUAUUGUGUUUAAUUUGUUUUUCAUUCAUACUUUGUUUUCUUAUUUUCUUUUGAACUUGCUGCUCUUUCUUUUAUUUUGUCGUUUAUUUUAUUUCAUUCAUUCUCAUUCUUACUUUCAUUUUAUUGAUCAUAUCUCUUUCAUUCUUUUUUCUUUCUUUUUCCCAUUUCGUUUUUUUCUGACAUUAUGCCUUUUAUUUCUAUUUCAUUCAUUCAUUUAUUUAAUUGCCCUUUCAUUCCUUCACCUACUUAUUAUUUUGGUACACUUACUAUUCUCUUGUUUAUAUUUUUUUUUUAUUGAUUGGCUAUAUUUAUUUGUUUCUUUUGUUUGUUACGGCGACGAAACAUCUUCCUUCCUUAACUUCCUUCCUUUCUGCUUGUUUCUCUCUAUCUAUCUAUCUAUCUAUCUAUCUAUCUAUCUAUCUAUCUAUCUAUCUAUUAAUACUUGUCUAUCUUGGGCAUCUCAAUAUGCUUGUCUCUCAUUGCAUAUCUAUAAUAUUUACAACGGUCUGUUCAAAUAUAUCUUCCUAUUUCAGGGUGUUAUCUAG